AUGAAAUACAUUCCUUUAACAUAACAUUUUGAAACUGUGGCCGCCCUCUAUGAAAAAUGUGCUACUAUGUCUGAGUAAUUGGAAGCACUUCAAAAAUAAACUAAUCCAUCGAAUGGAUAGUUGGAAAGUGAAGAUACAUAAUUUCCUUUAAAAAAUUCUCCAAAACAUAGUGAAAAAUCAAAGAAAACAUAGCAAAAAAAGAAAGCAGGAACCAUUCAAAUUGAAGAUGGGAAUGAUAAAAUGAUUGAAGAAAAUUAAAAACCUUAAAAAACUGAUAAUAAAAUUAAAAAAAAAUAAAUUUAAAAGUAACAAACAUAAAAGGUCUAAAUUGCUUGUGAUCAUUGCAAUAAAACCUUUGAAACCCAAAAAAUUUAUAAUAAACAUAUCUAUUAAUUGAAAUAUAGAGCAAAAUAUCUCAAAAGGAAGCAAAAGCAACAAAUGAAAGAUGCUAUUUAAAUAGAACAGCCCAUAACUAAAGGAAAAAAGGAUAGUAAUAUCAAUAAAAAGACAAGAUUUUCUAUUGAAUUGAGCCUUUGA